CUCGCGUCACUUGAACCAGCCCGCUACACGCCCCCCUGGCCCACUAAAGUUGAAACCGUAAGAGUCAGUCCGCCCGACCCGAUUGGUAUCCGUGGCCCACGCGGUACUCCGGAGAAAGUCAGCCCAUCGCCCCCUCCCUUUCCAUUGUGAUCGGUCGAAAAUCUCCACUUCAAAGGGAGGGAGAGGACCGUGGAGUCAAAAGUGCGAGCGAUUUUCCGCGGAGAAUGAGGCGAACUUGAGCCGAAGAGGGAAGCGGGCUUGUUGGCAAAUCAUUGAACGUUCGCAAGCGCCUCGAAUGGGGAAGCGCACGUGAAAUUCACUCCGCUUGAACGGGACGAGAGGACAAGCAGCCGCCGACAGCGCCGAAUUUUGGGAAACAACGACCGCUACCUGGCCGCACAACACAAGGUCUGAGGAGGAUGUCGUCUUGGCUAGGCGAGGAUCUCUGGGCGGACUGGAUCUGGUUUCCCGAAGGCUACGGUUGGGCCGACCUCAAGGACCCCGACGUCGUCCUGCCUCAGUUGUCGGACCUUUGGGCUUUCAUCCCCAUCGCUGUCGGCUUCCUGGUCCUCCGACCCAUAUUUGAAAGGUGGGUGGCGAUUCCUCUGGCGUCCCUGCUGGGAGUGAGGGACAAAAAGCGCGCCAGUCCGCCCUCCAAUCCCUUACUGGAGGCCCACUUCUGCAGCGUAGCGAAGCACCCCACACAGAGCUCCUUAGAAACGUUGAGUAAACAGGCAGACUGCUCAGUGCGACAGGUCCAGCGAUGGUUCAAGCAGCGGCGGAACCAGGAUCGCCCCAGCAAGAUCAAAAAGUUUCAGGAAGCCAGUUGGAGAUUUACCUUUUACCUUUUUGCUUUCUUUGCUGGCCUGGCAACCCUUAUUGACAAACCGUGGUUCUAUAAUAUGAAGAGGAUGUGGGAUAACUUCCCCAAGAUGCCGCUCCUCCCGUCGCAGUACUGGUACUACACGAUCGAACUGGGCUUCUAUGUGUCCCUGCUUGUGAGCGUGGCCUCCGACGUCAAGCGCAAGGAUUUCAAAGAACAGGUCGUUCACCACAUUGCCACCAUUUUACUCGUCAGUUUUUCCUGGCUGGUCAACUACAUCAGGGGAGGAACUUUGAUCAUGUUGGCGCACGACGCCUCCGACUAUCUCAUGGAGUCAGCCAAGAUGUUCAACUAUGCAGGUUGGAAGAGGACGUGCAACUUCAUAUUCGUUGUCUUUGCUGUCGUUUUCAUCAUCACCCGCCUCGUAAUUUUCCCCUUCUGCAUCAUCCACGCGACGUUGGUGUACCCCCUGACCAUCUACAAGCCCUUCUUCGGCUUCUACUUCUUCAACGGUCUGCUGUUGCUGCUGCUGGCUCUGCACAUCUUCUGGGCGGCACUGAUUGUCCGCAUGGUCAUCAAGUUCCUCCCCGGCAACGACAUAGUUGAAGAUGAGCGCAGCGACAAAGAAGAGACGGACUCCGAAGAUGAAGACGGCAGCGGCGAGCGGAAUCGAACCUUGAAAAACGGUCACCUUCGCAACGGCCACACCGCGCUCAACAACAACCGCCAAAAGAUGGACUGAGUAGACGCCGAAACCACCGCGAGGUGGCGAAGUCGGAACCUUGCGCGCAUCCCCCACUUGAAAUCCAAAGAAUAGGAGUGUUUCAUGCAGAGGGACGAUACCCCCCCCCCCCCCCAAAAAAAGCAUUUCUUCACCAUAUCCACAUGAUCAAUAGUCGCCCACUUUUCUCAACACUGGAAAUUGACCAAGGAACAAUGAAGACAGUGAUUCUGCGCCGCUGGUGCUGUUGGCUCCCUCCCCUCCCGCUUCAUCACAUUUAGUUGUUAGCACACUGUAGCUUUCAUGGCUUGUUUACCGAAUUUGUUUUGUUGUUGUUGCUGCUGAGGUUCAUUCGUACACAGGCGUCGUUUGCCCUCGCCGCCUCAGCGAACACUUGUCCAAGUAGUAUUGCCUUUCCGCCUGACUAAUUUCACUCAAGCCACUGGGACAAAGUUAGUAUGGAGCGUUUCCAGAUUGAAGUUUACGAACGGGUCGUCGUACGUCGGUUGCAAAAAAAAAAAUGCAACGCAAAAUCCCGAAUGGCAAAUAAGAAUUUUAACAGUUUGCAAAAGUGAGCCGCCGUGGUUCGAAUUGUGGCAACAGAACAUGCACGCGCAGUCCAAAAUCAUUUGAACAUGUUUAUGUGUGUGUUUGUGUCGAUGCUGAAUGGAUAGUUUUAGUUUGGUGAUUUUAUUUGUGACCGGUCCUGUUCAAAGAAGAAAAGCCGGUUCAGCGUAACCCCAAACCUAAAUAAAGUGCUCCUUCUUGAUGGGCUGGAGCAUGGUCACUAACAUUUA